AUAUCUUUAAUCAUCCAUCUUCUCGUUUCAACUCCUUUUCCAACCCGCAUCUCAUCCUUCUUGCGAGUAUUAGUCUAAGUCUAAGAUCAACCAACUAUUAUCAGCAUGGCUCCUUCCGCUGAAGAGAUAGCAAAGCUUAUUAAAUCGCGCCUACCAGGUGAAACUUCUAUUCUCUUGACGGAGAAAAACCAACCCGGAUCUGUCCUGAGUCUUUUCACGGAAGACUUCAAGAUCACCGUCGUGGGGCAGGAAUUUGACCUUGCCUAUGGCGCCACCGGCAUCGCUGCGGCUAAGGACUAUCUCAUCGGCCGCCUGACUCCUACCAUCUUCGGCUCGCUGGACGACAGCAAGGCAGCCAAAUCCGAAGUUGUCCGUGUGACUGGCGGCGGAGAUAACCCAUGGGCAGCAGUGGAAUUCAAAAGCACCGCUACCUCGCUGAAGGGCAAGCCGUGGGUUCACGAGUGCGUGAUCAUGCUUCAUUUCACAGACGACGGGAAGAUCACUGAAGCAAAGGCUUAUUUCGACACCCUGCACCUCCAAAACCAUAUUUUGGACAGCGCAGCAUAGAGGCUUGACCGGCUGCUUGCAGACUGCAUUCGGAUGCCACUGAGUCGUAAGUGAGUGGGAUAUAAGUCGAGGGCAUCAGGCCAGCAAUAUGUAUGAGCAUACCAAUAGCCCCAGAUCUACAGAUGCGUCGUAGAAAUACAUUCUUUUCUUACUAUCUCUGCUUUUCAAGCCUAGAUUGUAUGAUAUCUUCAUACGUAAAGGUAGAGAUUGUUUUCAUCUUUAAUUUCAUAAUGUCCCGUGCUCGUAGUUU